AUGCCCACCGCAUCUGGUUCCUCAAAACCACCAUCUGCAACGAGCUCAAAACCGCCCUCGGUCAAGUCUCAAGAUGGCGUCAAGAACUCCCCAGGUCUAACACCGCAAAAUGGUGCGAUCACUGCCAACGGAAACCCUCCUUCGGACACCCACUUGAAGCCCACCACCUCUGUCAAGAAUCGCCUCACUCGCAUGUUUUCGUCCAAGGAUACAUCAAGAGUGCCGACACCUGCUCCCUCGACCAUCGACCUACCUAACCGCCCACGCGCCAACUCGACGAAUGGUACCUCUACGCCUGCGGGAAAGACACCAUCAACUGAGAAGGGGAGUGACAAGCCUGUACAGAAACCCGCCGAAAAAGCAACAACCCCCGGAAAAUCUACACCAAAGUCAACCAGCAAGGAGCCCUCUCAGCGCUUUGUUCUAGAUCCAGAGUUUCAGGGAGGCCAUGAGCAUCAUUUAAGAUCAAGUCGACGUCAGGAGAAGCUUUCAGAUAUGUGGAGAGCACUCAUCGGCAAGAAGCAUGAGGAAACGCCCGAACACGAUCUAUCACUCGUCUCGAACUGGGUGGACACUUUGCAACAAGAGAAAGAAGAAGCGGGCGAAAAGAAAAACGGUCCCAGUGCAACAACAACAACCCUAGUCGAAAAAUACGGCAAAUGUCAGGAGAUAGUCGGACGUGGUGCGUUCGGCAUUGUUCGCAUCUCUCACAAGAAAAUCGGAGGCAGCAAUGAAAAGUUGUUUGCUGUCAAGGAGUUCCGACGCAGGCCAGAAGAAACAGAGAAGAAGUAUAGCAAGCGUCUUACAGCCGAAUUUUGUAUAUCGUCGUCACUUCGACACCCCAACGUUAUUCAUACGCUUGAUCUACUCAAGGACGCCAAGGGCGAUUAUUGCGAAGUAAUGGAGUUCUGUGCUGGAGGAGAUCUCUACACUCUCGUCCUCUCAAGUGGGAAGCUCGAAGUUCAAGAAGCCGAUUGUUUCUUCAAGCAGAUGAUGCGUGGUGUUGAAUAUCUACACGAAAUGGGUGUAGCACAUCGCGAUCUCAAGCCCGAGAACCUGCUGCUUACCACCCGCGGCGCCCUUAAGAUCACAGAUUUUGGUAACGGAGAGUGUUUCCGAAUGGCUUGGGAAACGGACGCGCACAUGGUCUCUGGCCUAUGCGGUUCUGCUCCCUACAUUGCCCCCGAGGAAUACACUGAUAAGGAGUUCGACGCCAGAGCUGUAGACGUGUGGGCCUGUGGUGUUAUUUUCAUGGCAAUGCGAACCGGUCGUCAUCUUUGGCGAUUGGCUAAGAAGGAUGAAGAUGAAUUCUAUGCCCGAUACCUUGAGGGCCGCCGAGACGAGGAAGGUUACGGCCCUAUCGAGUCUCUUCAUCGGGCCCGAUGUCGCAACGUAAUUUACUCGGUUCUCGAUCCUCAUCCUACUCGCCGUUUGACAGCUGCUCAAGUCCUUAAGUCAGAAUGGGUACGCGAGAUCAAGCUAUGCAAGGCUGGUGAAGAGGGUCUGUAA